CGGCUCUUAUUCCAAACCAACCAGCCAUGGCCGCCGCUAUUUCGAGUCGCAUUGACCCCAACAGUAGCAGCUCGCCUGGUGCUAUCUGGAAGCAGCAGCGCAGUCAGGUGGAGAGGGGAGAGUACUGGGGGGGCCUGGAAAUCUGCAACCGAAGCUCGCCUGGUCCUAUCUGGAAACAGCAUUGCAGUUGGGUGGAGAGGGAAGAGUAUCAAUUGAGGGGUUCGGACUCCACAACCAAAGCUCGCCUGGUGCUAGCAGGGAGCAGCAGGGCAUGCAGCAGAAAGGGGGAGAGCGUUGGGGGGUGCGCAUCCCCAGGGGAGUCCUUCAGCAGUCAGAGGAGGUACCAGCAUGGCCACUCAAUACCAGCAACUCGGUUGGCACCAUGGCAACCCGGUUGGCUCCAUGGCAACCGAGUUGGCUCCAUGGCAACCUGGUUGGCUCCAUGGUGCUUCCCCAACCUCCCAAGCCGACGACUGCCUCAUGAGGGCCCUCCCCACCGCCAAGGAGACUGGACAUGCCGCCGAGAGGGCGGGGGCCGCUGCACCAGCCUCUGACGUUCAAGCCGCCGCCGCCGCUGUUGCCGCGGGCCUGGUGCCGCCAUACACCGCCGCCGCCGCCGCCGCUGUCGUCACUGUCGCCGCUGCCGCCAUUGCCAUCUCACAGGCCGUGGGAGCUGCCCUCUUUCGGAGUCGUUGCGGCUCCUGCUGGGAAUGGGGGUGCUGGGCUAGGGGGUGUGGGUGUGGGUGUGGGCUUGACACUACCAAGCUUAGGGGGUGUGUUAAAAUUAUAUAAGUUAUAAUUUAAUAUAGGCUUUGUAGGUUGUUACUGAACCUUCUUGUAGAGGGUACAAACCCCUCCUUGUACUCCUCUCUCUUCCUAAUCGACCCUCUUCUUUCUCGUCAUUCCCUACCCGCUCUUAGAUCUACUUUCCUCACGCCAUUCCAUGGCGGCGUUCCUAGUAUCCUAGCUAAGCUAGUGUCCUAAGUUUAGGAACCUAGUCUCAUAAGUUUAAGAUCCGCAUCCGCCUCAGUUGUAUUUCUGUGGUGUGCUGUAGGAAUUUGCUGAUGCUUUUCUCCCAACCCUCUGGUUGGAGGACUUUUCCCCUGCU